CUUAUCUUUAAACAACCAAACUUAUCAUUUAACAUUUUUCUGUUUUUGAGAAAUUUAGAAAACAGAAUGCCUAGAUGGGAAUGCCUUGAUGGAGAAAUGGCCCUGAAAGGACCACCUAUGUACAAGACAGAAAAAGAUCUAGCAAAAUCAACUUAGAAGAUAAAUGAUGCGCAGCUCCGAGAAGAGUGACCAAUCCCUUCAAAGGUGACUGGAAGGUCGGAGGUCGUCUGGACCUGAAGGUGGGCAGAGUGAUUCAUGUUGAAAACCACAUCUGGGACAAAAACCGAUUCUACUUUGAGUACAUUGAAGUGGGCGAUCGUGUCAGCAAUGUGUUUGUUUGGGGAAUCAACAAGUUCUUCAAGAAGGAAGACUUUGAAAACAUGUACGUGGUGUUACUCUAUGUGGCUCUUCCUCAUUGGUGGAACUGUCAGGAGUCACGACCCCUCAGUGUGUUAAGUGCUCGCACUCGAAAUAAGGUAGAGAUGCUACAACCGCCAGCAGGAGCUGAGAUAGGAGAAGAUGUUGUUGUUGACGGCUUCAUCAACGUCAGACCCAGGAGACGACCGUGGCUGCAGUUCUACCAACAUCAGAAACGACUGUUAGAGGUUGUCACACCUGAUUUAUGGGUCAACGAAGAUGGAAUUGCAACCUAUGCUGGCCGUCCCAUGUAUAUACCUGGGAAGGGGAAUAUCACAGCCAAAACUUUGAGAGACUGUCCAGUCAAAUGAGAUUUCUUUUCCUGAAUUAAGUAGUGGAAUUAGCAUUGCAUCCUUCGUAACAAUAAAU